AAUUUUUUCAACACCUUCAUUACCUGUUUUCAUUUGUUGGACGGUCGUCGCCAAACGUGCCUCGAGUAGUCUGCGGCUGAGCAAGUCACUGCGGUCGCAUGCCCAGCCUUUAGUGGCCGACUUCGAAAAAGCUUAGCUGAACGCAAAUCUCAAAAAGCGUUCGUCACUCAGGGGAAACCGGCCUGGCCAUUGGAGCACUCCAAGUUUCCAACGAUUCAGCACAGAGCGGACGUCCCGCUAAAACGGCUCACCCCUGGGCUCUGAGUGAUCCUGCAGAUGGCAUUGGCUUGAGGCAGCCGACGGCAGCAUCCAAUCAGCACCGGAAUUUUGAUGAUGGUUACCCCUUUUGUGCUCGGAGCGGCUAGGACCUCCAUGAGAAAUGUUUCGAGUUUCAUGCACUUGCAGCCCGCAGGACCUGCCCGACUUGUACGCGGAAAUUGGUGUGAGGGUGUCAGUCGCAAGACGCCAAAGACGUGAAGUCGAACGCUCUGCGUAUGCUGGCGGUCGACGAGCAAGAGCAUGGCGAGAAUGACCAAGGGCCCGACUCGCGGGGCGCGGUGUGAGAGCACGAACCGCAGCGUAUCUGGUCCCGCGAAAGGCCAGAGGAGCAGCUCGGAGAUUCAAGCAUGGCACCUGCAUAUGCCUGUGAAUCUACUCCUUAGGAGGCGUCGGCGUAGCCACCACACCAUCUCUAGUCACCCCAGCCGACGGGCCAUCAUGUUACGGUUGCAGCCCACACGGCUCUCCUAGGGUAGGAUCGUGAGCAGCCAUAUUUCUACCCUCCCGCAGCCCAGAUCCAACAUCCUCUUCACUUUCGCUCAGUCGAUCACGUUCCUUGUCCAACUACCACACUUUCUUUCUUUGUUCAUUCUUUUUUCAGUUGAGCCUGUGGCCUCUCCUUGUCUUCAGACGAAUCGUCGUUUCACAUUCAUUUCAAUCCAACCAUUUCGACUAUCAUUUAGUUACCAUGACACUCAUUCAUUUGUCCCUCUUGGCUGCUUGCAGCUUUUCGGCCCUUGUAGCUGGACUACCGCUACCAUCUGGCCUAAAAUUUCACAUUGGCACACCUGUCAAAGGCGCCGGCUUGGAUCAGUCGUUCACCCUCAGGUCACUUCUCUAUGGCGGGCAUUCAAAGCGCAGUUCUGACACUUACACGUUCUACACCGGAAAUGGCGAGACAUGGCCAGGAAUCAGCAACUGGGUCUCGAACUUCGAUGACAUGUUCGCCGCAAACAAAGAAAUCAUCAUGAACAGCUGUUCUCAAUUCGGUGUGCCCAACAACUCUGAACAAGAAACCGCGGACAUCAGCUCGGCAAUCAGCCAGGUCGCAGGUGAGACGGGUAUCGAUGCGCGCUUUAUCCUUGCGAUCAUGCUCCAGGAGUCUAAUGGCUGCGUGCGUGCUCCAACCACCAACUAUGGCGUGCGCAAUCCCGGCCUGAUGCAGGACCAUAACGGUCAAGCAACGUGCAACGAUAGCGGCAACGUCCAGAACCCGUGCCCGGCGGCUACCAUCACGCAGAUGAUCCGUGACGGCGUGGCAGGCACCCCCUCUGGCGACGGCCUCGAACAGACGUACGCCCAGGCUCCCUUCACUGGUGCUGCCAAGUACUAUGGCGCUGCGAGAAUAUAUAACAGCGGCUCCAUUGCGGCCUCGGGUAACCUCGACGAUGGUAUCGCGACUCACUGCUACGCCUCGGACGUUGCCAAUCGUCUCACUGGUUGGGUGUAUGCGCAGAAAGAUUGCACUCUCGACGGCACUCCACCCCCAGCAGCUACUCCCCCAGCUACUACUGCAGGUGCAUCUCCGACACCCACUGCUACAUAUUCUCCCGCAACAGCCACUGCUGUUCCCUCUGGAUGGCCAAGCCCAAGCUCAGGAAGCUCUCCAAGCACAGAAUGGCCUUCAGGUUAUACUGGCCCGGCAUCUGCCACUCAACCAGCAACACAGUCACCGACUUCUGCGUCCUCUGCUCCGCCGACCAACUUGGCCCCCGGCGUGACGACGCAAUGCGCUGAAUACUACACCGUGCAGGCAGGUGACGAAUGCGAUUCGGUCGCACAGAAGUUCGGCACCACUUUUGCGAAUCUGAGAGCAUUGAACACUCAGCUUGACAGCACAUGCAGUAACCUGUGGAAGGGCUACGCAUACUGCGUCAAAGGCGCAUGAGGAAUAUUUGGAUCUGGGGUAUGACGAAUGACAAGGACGGACGAGCAUAUGUGUAUACAUAUAUGUACCUAUAUUGUUGGUGCGGGACACCAAGAUAUCAUGGCGCCCAAGAGGCGUAGAUGCUGUGCAAUGCUCAAGGUAUCCUUGGAAACUUCUGGACAACGACACAAAGUCAUAGGCUUUUCUGGAUAUCGGUCCUCAACUUGUCGUUCGGACGCAUCGUCCAGAGGAUGUAGAUGAAUAUAUACCAAGACCAGCGCUUUGGCACUUCAAUGUUGAGAGCUUCUGUCCAAGAAAAAUAGUAGCCACUCCGAUUAUUCGUGCUCCAGUCUUCGCCCGGCGGUAGACAAUCUCGUGGUGCGUCGUUCAAAUGGACUCGACCAGUGCAAGCAGAUCGGGUAGAUCUUUCAUGUUGUGGCGUACGUAGGCAGAUAGUCUUACUCAAGAACCGAAAUCAGCUCUGUGACGACGAGGCCACCAUUUCAACCAAGACUGAAAACUU